UCCGAAACCGGCCCGAAGAUACCUCCCAGUAACAGGGGUAAGGGUCGGUACGCCGCCGCCCACGAGAAGGCGGCCACGAGCGCCAGGGUUAGACGUUAACACUGUGCCCAGUCCACGGAAGAGGAAUGCUGACCGCGCUCCGGUAACACUCUGGGGACUGGAAAUUAGCAGAGCACUAGUUAAACAGGCAUCCGAGAAAGGCACAGGGGAGAUCGCCACCGCAAGUGUUGAGCGAUCUGCGGGACCUGCUCCUUGGAACGAAUGUGUGAUAUACCAUGCCCCUCCUAACUCAACACGUCCGAGAUGAGAACCGUCAGUACUGCUUAGUGGCCAGCCUUGACAACGUUAGGAAUUUCUCCACUGUGUUGAAAGCUAUUCAUUUCCAAGAACAUGCCACAUGUUUCGCUACUAAAAAUGGAAUCAAGGUUACUGUGGAAAAUGCAAAAUGUGUGCAAGCCAAUGCUUUUAUUCAGGCUGAAGUAUUUCAAGAGUUUCGGGUUGAGGAAGAGUCUGUUAUAUUUCGAAUAAACUUAACUAUCCUUUUAGACUGUCUAUCUAUUUUUGGAUCAAAUCCUAUGCCAGGGACUUUCACUGCACUUCGGAUGUGUUACCAAGGACAUGGUCAGCCUUUGAUGCUAUUUCUAGAAGAAGGAGGAGUGGUGACAGUCUGCAAAAUCAAUACUCAGGAGCCUGUAGGAACUUUAGACUUUGAUUUCUGCAGCACCAAUGUUAUCAGUAAAAUUAUUCUGCAGUCAGAGGGGCUCCGUGAGGCCUUUUCUGAAUUGGAUAUGACGAGUGAGAUCCUACAGAUGACCAUAUCUCCUGACAGGCCCUAUUUCAGGUUAUCUACUUUUGGAAAUGCAGGAAGCUCCCACCUUGACUAUCCCAAAGACUGUGAUUUGAUGGAAUCUUUUCACUGUAAUCAUACCCAGGUCAACAGGUACAAGCUUUCCUUACUGAAACCCUCUACAAAGGCAUUGGUUUUAUCGUGUAAAGUAUCUAUCAGGACAGAUAACCGAGGAUUCCUUUCAUUACAGUAUAUGAUUAAAAAUGAAGAUGGACAAAUAUCUUUUGUGGACUAUUACUGCUGCCCAGAUGAAGACAUUCCUGAAUCUGAGUCCUGAGUAUGAGAAUUUGCAGUGAUAUUUAUGCAUGUUGAUAAUAGGCUGUGAUCUCUGAGAACAGAACUCUUCAUGAUUUCCUGCUGUAUUUUCUAUAGGGAAGAAGGAUGGAGAAGAUAGGAGCAAAGUCUCCAUAGUCUAAACAGUUGCUAUGUGUUUUAUAAAUAAAUGUUUCUUGCAGUCAUAGAUUACCCAGCUUAA